CAGAAAGAUGGAAAGAUGGUUUGGGAGAGGCCAAUAGUCUCCGAGGUCGGAGAGAAUGAGGGGAGGUUUGGGUUGCGGAGAGGCUUGGGUGACCAAUGGCUGAAUCCCAAAGACAGAAGCUUUAUAUUGGAGCCUGGUUUGUUCACUCAGCCCCCCGGGUGGAACCCCAUCCCCCGCCUCCCUCCUGUGGCUGGAAGAGGAGAAGGGAGGAGUCAGAGGAGGAGACAGCCCCAGGGGCCGAGGACGUCUGGGUCGUGGAGACGCUGUGUGGACUCAAGAUGAAGUUGAAGAGACAGCGGUUGUCUUCAGUGCUGCCUGAGCACCAUGAGGUUUUCAACAGGCUGCUGGAAGAUCCUGUCGUUAAAAGAUUCCUGGCCUGGGACAAAAACCUGAGGGUAUCUGACAAGUAUCUCCUGUCUAUGGUCAUAGCUUACUUUAGCCGUGCUGGCCUCUUCUCCUGGCAGUUCCAACGAAUUCACUUCUUCCUAGCACUCUACCUGGCCAAUGAUAUGGAAGAAGAUAACCAGGCCCCCAAACAGGCCAUCUUUUCAUUCCUGUACGGGAAGAACCGCUCCCAGCGUCCCUUGUUUCACAAACUGCGGUUUCAAUUCAUCCGAUCCAUGGGCUGGAAGACCAGGGUGUCCCGGGAAGAGUGUGAGGAGAUCCAGGCUUUUGAUCCAGAGCUGUGGGUGUGGGGGCGAGAUCGCACCCUCAUGUCCUAGAGUUCCCGGGACCACGGAGGCCUGAGGUCAUCGGCCUGAGAGAAGAGCCCAGGGGAGAUGCAGGUUUUCAGCAGCAAGUCCAUCCGGAUGCUAAUGACAGGCCUGAGGAAGGAAGAGAGGAGUCUCUUGUACAGAUAAUCUGGAAGAACCU